GAAUUGUUUCAAACAGUCUCUUAACUCUCAGUCUUUACCUCACUGUAAACCAGCACCUCUGCUCUCUACAAUCCAAUAAUGGGAGGCUUUAUUAACAAAGACGUGUUCCUGCGACUUUGGCUGCUUGGGAGUGCGGUCGUCUUUCAACCAGGAUGUUGUGGGUUAGAGCCCAGCCCGUGCCGUCAACAUGUCGACGAUUCCUCAGUCUGUUCGUCUCAACCUUCUACAAACUGCCACAACAAAUACUCGGGCCACAAUGAUAAGGUACUCCGGAUUGUGAUGAUUGGGAAAACUGGAUCUGGGAAGAGCGCCACAGGAAACACCAUUCUGGGAAAAGAGGACUUUGAAUCAAAGGUUUCUUUUGAAUCUCUGACUAAAGUCUGUGCUAAGACCUUUGGGGAAGUGGAUGGACAAAAGGUUGCUGUCAUUGACACUCCAGGUCUGUUUGACACCAGCACUGAUGAAAACAAGACCAGACAGAACGUUAUUCAGAGCAUUGUUUUUGCUUCUCCUGGACCUCAUGUCUUCCUGGUCGUCAUCAGACUGGGCAGAUUCACAGAUGAAGAAAAGCAGUCAGUGCAGAUGAUUCAGGAAAUCUUUGGAGAGCAAGCAGACAGAUACAGCAUGGUUCUCUUUACCCACGGUGAUCAGCUCGAAGACCAAACUAUUGAAGAGUUAUUGAAGCAAAGUGUAGAUCUGCAGGAACUUGUGGCCAGAUGUAACGGGCAGUACCACGUCUUCAAUAAUAAGGAGAAGGAUCGUUCUCAGGUCAGAGAGCUGCUCGACAAGAUCAGAAACAUAACAGAGAAGAACGGAGGAAGCCAUUACACCACUGAAAUGUUCCAGGAGGUAGAGAGGGCCAUAGAAGAGGAGAAACAGAGAAUCAUUGAAGAGAGAGAAGAAGAAAUGCGCAAAGAGGAAGAGGAAAUGGAGAAGAAAAUAUUGGAAAAGUAUGAGAAACAAAUGAAGGAAAUGAAAGAUGACAGAGAGAGGAUGAAAAAGGUACAUGAAAUGUUUGAAAGAGAAAUGGAGGAGGAGAGGAGGAGAUUUAGAGAAGAGCAGGAAGAGAGGGCCAGAAAAGCAGCUGAAGACAACUCUUUCACAAUGUGGUUAAAAAAUGGCGUAAUUACAGCAUAUAACUUCCUUAGAGGUUGGCUUGAGACGGCAACAGAUUUAUCAAACCUUUGACUGUCUGACUCCUUGUUAAUCUUCACCGUCCCCCUUUUUCAAUCUCAAUGUGUGAUUUAUAGUUUUCUCAGUUAUACCAGGUGUGAGUUUUGACCACAUACUAAACAGUGUCACAGAAUGUCAAGAACAAAGAUGUUAAUAAGGUAAAGUGGUGUUAUUAAUCUGAUUUCAACUGAACAAUGUUUUUCAGAUGUCGUGUUUUCAUUGUUUGAUUGCUUUUGAUUUUACUAUAGGAAAAAGAAGAAAGAAGGUAGCAAGGUUUUGUACUUUUUACUUCCUCCUCCCCCUAGGUCAGGGGUGCCUAAUAUGUCGAUCGCAAAGGUAGUGUGGGUAGAUCCAACACGUUCUCACUCCCAACCAGGGUACUUGAGAGUCAGUUUUCAACGGGCAGGGCGUCCCAUAGACCUUCAUAGACCUCCCAUAGCGUUGAUAAUAGACGCCAUGAGAACGCUCCCCGACGGUCGGUUGUUAUUGUCAAUAUUAAUAUAAUAAUAAUGUUGUAAUAGUCACACUCGAUUUUGCCGAUGUUCUUGUUGCCCCAGCUGGUCAACACCUCUUUGAGCAGAAACAAAGGCUACAUUAAU